GUGGAGGCUCCGGGGAGGCUGUGCCGUGGGCUCCCGUGGCGUGAAGCUCGAGCUGAAGAUGCCUCCGCACAGACCAGCCUAAAUGACGCAGAGUUUACACAAUAGCGCUGAUAUUGCGCAGGAUCAAACUUGCAGAGUUUCUCACGUUUCCUAUGUCCACGCGCCAGGAGCGCGCGCUCACACUCACAGAUAUAACGUGACAGACGUGGACUCGACUCACAGACGUGGACUCGACUCACAGACGUGGACUCGACUCACAGACGUGGACUCGACUCGCGGAAGAGGCUCCAGGUCCCGGGAUGUUUUACGCGGCGCUGCUCUUGUCCUGCGCCCUGAGCGCGCGCGCGAGUUUAAGGACGUCCAGGUCAGAGCUGAGCCCCAGUGACACAGUGUUUACUACGACAGGGCGACAGUGUAAGUUCCCGUUUCGUCAGGGGGGACGUGUCCAUCAUCGCUGCAUCACUGUUCUGUCCUCCAGGCCCUGGUGUUCUCUGACGCAUAAUUUUGAUCGUGAUCGGAAAUAUGGCUUCUGUGUCCAAGAAAAACAACAACCUGGAGUCGUCGUCCACAGCUCCAGACGGACCGUGGACCCCUGUGCGUCCGGCCCGUGUCAGAACGGCGGCCUGUGCUCAGUGACCCACAGCCGGGCGUUCGACUGCACCUGCCCCCAGAGCCACAGCGGACGACUGUGUGAGCGGAAAAAGUGCUACGAAACUCUACACCUGAGGUUUUAUGACACCGGAGAGUCUUGGGGACGAAUCCACCUCCGUAACGUGGAACAGUGCACGUGUGUGUCGGGGGAGCGCCGCUGUGAGCGAGCGCACUACAGCGCGUGUCGGUCCAAUCCCUGUCAGAACGAAGGUUUGUGCAGAAUCAUCACUUCAACAGGAGAAGAAGUGUGUUACUGUCGCCCGGGAUACAGCGGCGCCGACUGCAGCCUGGAGCCGAGGGCCGAGUGCUACAGCGGGCGAGGGGCCGGCUACAGGGGCCUGGGGGGCACCACGCUCUCCGGCGCCCCCUGUCUGCCCUGGGACUCGGACCUGCUGUACAACGAGCUGCACGUGGGGACCGUGGCCGCCUCGACGCUCAGGGGCCUGGGGAGACACGCCUACUGCAGGAAUCCAGACGGGGAUAAGAUGCCGUGGUGCUACACUCUAAGCAACGGCGCCAUCUCCUGGGAGUACUGCAGCGUCCCCUCCUGCCUCCAGCCCGUCUGGAAGAAUCAGCCUGCAGCAAACUUGCAAAUAUCCGAUAAAGCUUCGUCACGCGGCAUAACGACCAUAAUCAUAAACGUGGGUAAAAGCCGCGCGUCUAAAAAGUCUCAGUGUGGAACCAAACACCGGAAGCGUCUGUGGAUCCCGAGAGGUCGCAUCAUGGGCGGAACGUCGGCGCUGCCCGGGACACACCCCUGGAUGGUCGCCAUCUACAUCGGACACACGGAGUUCUGCGCCGGGACCCUCGUCUCCCCCUGCUGGGUGGUGUCGGCGGCGCACUGCUUUUUCCGCAACCCGUUGAAGUCGCAGAUCCGGGUCGUAUUUGGACAGCACUGGUUCAACGUCACGGGUCCCAACACCAAAGUCUUCGGCGUGGAGAAGUACAUCUUUCCCAAACAGUUCUCCGUGUUCAACCCCACGCUCCACGACAUCGUUCUGAUAAAGCUGAAGAAGCAGGACGGGCGCUGCGUGAGGAAAACCCCGUUCAUCCGGCCCAUCUGCCUCCCGGACAAAGGGAUGACGUUCCCAGAUGAUUCCUGCUGCACCAUCAGCGGCUGGGGACACAUACGCGAGAAGGCCGAGGGAUACUCCACUUUACAGGAGGCCGGGGUCAGACUCAUCUCUCAAGAAUCCUGCAGAAAACCUGAAGUCUACGGCAACCACGUGACGUCCGACAUGCUCUGUGCCGGACUCAACGGCUGCGCAGACGCCUGCCAGGGCGACUCCGGGGGGCCCCUGGCGUGUGCGAGGGGCGGAGUCAGCUUCCUGUACGGGAUCAUCAGCUGGGGCGAGGGCUGCGGACGCACAAACAAACCCGGGGUCUACACCAGAGUCGUCAACUACAUGGACUGGAUCAACUCAGUGACCGGACGCAAAAGCAACUCUUGA